AUGCGAAAAAAUAAAUUUAUCGGUAUGGGUGAUGUAGAGGCAGCAAAGGUUGAGCCCAGUCGUAAAAACGGCUGGAAUUUGCCGCCCUCGAGGAAACAAGUGGUAGCCUGGACGGUGCUGAUCAUACUGGGAGUUCUCCACUUCACCUCCCUAGUCCCAGCCCUGCGCACCUCAUGGCAGCCUGUGGCGCACAUAGUGCCCGCGGUGGUGCUGACCUUCCACCUUAUAGUCCACCUGACGGCAAUGUCAAUCGACCCGUCAGACGACAACGUUCUACAAAACAAGUGUCCAAAAUUGAAAAUUGAUAGAUCUAAGCAUGAACAUGUAAUUGAGAACAGCCAUUGUAACAUCUGCCAGGUGGAUGUCGCGGUAACAUCGAAGCACUGUAGAGCCUGCAACAAGUGUGUUCAAAACUUCGACCAUCACUGCGAGUACAUGAACACUUGUAUCGGAGGGAAAAACUACAGAUGGUUUAUAGCGACAGUUGUCAGCGCAGUUGUUGCCAUUGCCUGGGAGAGUGGACUUGCUGUUAUGGAAUUUGUUACCUACUUCACAGAUCAGGCUAGCCGCAGAAUUCUCCAGCCAUACAUAGAUCUGGGCCCAAUGCAACACUACAAAGAAGCAGACUUUAAAAUCUUCCUUCAAAGUGUUCCCCACGAGGUGUGGCUUACCAUGCUCGCAGUCUAUUUCGUGCUGGGCUUUCUUGCCAUUGCCCUGUUUGGACAACUCCUCGGUUAUCACAUAUAUUUCAUUUACCACAAUAUGAGCACGUACGACUACAUUCUUGCUCAAAGGAGGAAAAGCCAAGAGGUCGUCGCCAGCAAUAAAAAGUGCUGCCACAAAAAGAAGAACAAAGUGCACCCGGCACCAGACAGCAGUCCAACCAACUACGGCAACAGUACCAGCCUGUCUCCACCUGACAUUCAAACCCCGACAGACCCAGAAAACAACAACAACAGCUCCAAACUGGCGCCCUCUCUGGACCAAUACACCCUGCAUGUCAUCAACAAAUGUGUGACCACCAACAGACUGCUGCCACCACUCCAAGGGGACAAGACAGCUGGGCUGCAGACUGUCGUGGACAUUGAAAUGUAGACCACACCAAACAACCAUCUACAACUUUCUUCUCCUUUUUUCAGUUUUGCAAAAAUAUUAAUCUAAAGUAAAAGAAAUAAAAAAUUUAGGCGAAUUUUUUUUUUCAAAUAAACAACUUAACUUGAUUUUUUAAAGAUUUUUUUUUUAAUAUCAGCACAUUAUUGGAUGGAUUUAAAGGAGUUUAAUGUCUACAUGUCUCUGCAUAUGAUUGUUUUUUAAAUUUCAUUUUAAACAUAUACACACCAUUUUUUUUGUAUUUAUUUUUUUAAUUAGCAAUUAUACGAAAGGAAAAAAAAAUCUUCUCACAGGUUGCGUGUGGCUAUGAUAUAAAUUAGUAAAAACAUCACUUUGAAUAAAAAAUAAUUAAUAAAACGAAAUAAUCAACUUCUAUGGGAAAAAAAGUUCACUAUCAAAUAUGUAUAUAACAAGGUAUUCAGCUCCAAAUGACCCGAAAAUGGGAUGCAUUGCUUUGAACAGCCAUAACUUCAUCAAUUGUAUAGUUAUUUCCAUUAUCUCAGUCUUAUUCAACACAGAAAUAAGUUUCCUUUCUGGAAAUGAUCAUAUCUUGUAAAAUAAUUACAAAUGCUGGGUCAAAUUAAAAAAAAUAACACGAUUCACAACUCGCGUGACCUACUCGUCAUCGAUCAGACCAGAUUCAAGCAUGAAAUCUUUAGGAGUAAAAGCACAAAUUUGCUUUGAACCAAUGAAAUCUCUCGAGUGUUUAAAAUGUCGGCCAGUUGAAAUGUAUAUUAACAAAGAUUUCAAAUGGCGCUGGAC